AUGGUGCACUGCUUACUGCAUCUGGGUACAGAAUCCGGUGUAGAGAAUACCGGUUUUACAGUAAAGCCAGAAUCCGGUGUAGAGAAUACCGGUUUAACAGUAAAUCCAGAAUCCGGUGUAGAGAAUACCGGUUUUACAGUAACGCCAGAAUCCGGUGUAGAGAAUACCGGUUUUACAGUAAAGCCAGAAUCCGGUGUAGAGAAUACCGGUUUUACAGUAACGCCAGAAUCCGGUGUAGAGAAUACCGGUUUUACAGUAAAGCCAGAAUCCGGUGUAGAGAAUACCGGUUUUACAGUAACGCCAGAAUCCGGUGUAGAGAAUACCGGGUUUACAGUAACGCCAGAAUCCGGUGUAGAGAACACCGGUUUUACAGUAAAGCCAGAAUCCGGUGUAGAGAAUACCGGUUUCGCAGUAAAGCCAGAAUCCGGUGUAGAGAAUACCGGUUUUACAGUAACGCCAGAGUCCGGUGUAGAGAAUACCGGUUUUACAGUAACGCCAGAAUCCGGUGUAGAGAAUACCGGUUUUACAGUAACGCCAGAAUCCGGUGUAGAGAAUACCGGUUUUACAGUAAAGCCAGAAUCCGGUGUAGAGAAUACCGGUUUUACAGUAAAGCCAGAAUCCGGUGUAGAGAAUACCGGUUUUACAGUAACGCCAGAAUCCGGUGUAGAGAAUACCGGUUUUACAGUAAAGCCAGAAUCCGGUGUAGAGAAUACCGGUUUUACAGUAAAGCCAGAAUCCGGUGUAGAGAAUACCGGUUUUACAGUAACGCCAGAAUCCGGUGUAGAGAAUACCGGUUUUACAGUAACGCCAGAAUCCGGUGUAGAGAAUACCGGUUUUACAGUAACGCCAGAAUCCGGUGUAGAGAAUACCGGUUUUAAAGUAACGCCAGAAUCCGGUGUAGAGAAUACCGGUUUUACAGUAACGCCAGAAUCCGGUGUAGAGAAUACCGGUUUUACAGUAAAGCCAGAAUCCGGUGUAGAGAAUACCGGUUUUACAGUAACGCCAGAAUCCGGUGUAGAGAAUACCAGUGUUACCGUCCUGAAUCGGUUUGUAAGGAACUAG